AAAUAUAUACCUCUCCAACCACAAGCCAAUAACACAUGUCAAAACCUCAAAGAGAUAGAGAGAGUAAAAUGGGUUUUGAAAUGAGGGUAUAUGGUUGGAUUGCAAUUGCCAUUUCUAUUGCAAUUUGUCUCUGUCCAUGCCUCUCUUUAGAAGAAACUAAUGGAGAAAGGUGCAAUUUAUAUGAAGGGACUUGGGUGUAUGAUGAAUCCUACCCUCUUUACGAUUCUUCAACAUGUCCUCAUAUUCGUUUGGAGUAUGAUUGUUUGAAAUAUGGUCGUGUUGAUAAAGAAUACCUCAAAUAUAGAUGGAAACCAAGCACUUGUGACUUACCAAGAUUUGAUGGACAAAGUUUCUUAACAAAAUUGAAGGGAAAACAAAUCAUGUUUAUUGGAGAUUCAGUGAGUCUAAACCAAUGGCAGUCACUUAUAUGCUUGCUUCAUUCUGCUGUACCUAAAGCUAAUAUAAUACAACAGGGUGGUGAUCCCAUUACCAAUUACACCUUCAAGGAUUAUGGAGUUUCAGUUAUUGUCUACCAUAGUACAUAUUUGGUUGACAUUGAAGGGGAAAAGAUUGGUAGAGUAUUGAAACUUGAUUCCAUUAAAAGUGGAAACUUAUGGAAACAAAUGGAUGUAUUGGUUUUCAACACUUGGCUUUGGUGGUACCGCAGUGGACCCAGGCAACCUUGGGAUUAUAUUCAAAUUGGUGACAAAAUAGUGAAAGACAUGGAUCGUAUGGAAGCUUUUCGAACUGGUUUGACAACUUGGGCUAACUGGGUUAAUAAAGAGGUUGAUACAAGCAAAACCAAAGUUCUUUUUCAAGGAAUUUCUCCUAUGCACUACAAUGGGACACAAUGGAAUGAGCCAGGAGUGACAAACUGUGCAAAAGAGACAACACCAAUAGAUGGAACAUCAUCCUCACAAGGAUUGCCACCAGCAUCAUAUGUAUUGCAAAGUGUGUUGCAAAAAGUAACCAAACCAAUUGAGUUUCUGAACAUUACAGCUCUCUCAGAAUUGAGAAAAGAUGGACAUCCUAGUUCUCAUAAUGGCUUCCAUGGCAUGGAUUGUACACAUUGGUGUGUAGCUGGGGUACCAGAUACUUGGAAUGAGCUUUUGUAUGCAUCAAUCAGUGAAUAAUUAGAAUUAUGUGAUUAGCAAUAUUGGUUUAUGUGGAUGUUACAUUUUGAUUAAACUAUGAGAAAAAUUUAUUACAAAUAA